AUGAUCUGUGGACCGUUUUCCACUCUCAAGGGUCCCAUUGGACCGGAUGACGUGGCGAAGCUUCCCAAGUGGAACUUCGACGGCUCCAGCACUGGCCAGGCACCCGGUGACGAUAGCGAGGUCAUUCUCUACCCGCAAGCAAUCUUCAAGGACCCGUUCCGCGGAGGAAACAACAUUCUGGUCGUUUGCGACUGCUACACGCCGCAAGGCCAGCCCAUUCCCACGAACAAGCGCGCCUUCGCUGCCGAAAUUUUCGAGAAAGUGAAGGAGCACGAGGCCUGGUUCGGACUGGAGCAGGAGUACACGCUGAUGCAGAAGGACGUCAACUGGCCGCUCGGGUGGCCCACGGGCGGAUACCCCGCGCCGCAGGGGCCGUACUACUGCGGCACGGGCGCGGACAAGGCGUGGGGCCGCGACAUCGUUGACGCGCACUACAAGGCGUGCCUGUACGCGGGGGUCAAGAUCAGCGGCAUCAAUGCAGAGGUCAUGCCCGGCCAGUGGGAGUUCCAAGUGGGUCCGUGCACGGGCAUUGAGGCGGGCGAUCACCUCUGGAUGGGACGCUACCUGCUCGAGAGAGUGACGGAGAUGGCUGGUGUUGUCCUGACGCUCGAUCCCAAGCCCAUUCAGGGCGACUGGAACGGGGCAGGGUGCCACACGAACUACAGCACCAAGGCGAUGCGCGAGGAGGGCGGGUACGACGUGAUCCUGAAGGCCAUUGAGAAGCUGGGCCUGCGGCACAAGGAGCACAUCGCCGCCUAUGGCGAGGGCAACGAGCGGCGCCUCACUGGCAAGCACGAGACUGCAGACGUCAACACCUUCUCAUGGGGUGUGGCGAACCGUGGGUGCUCGGUGCGAGUGGGGCGGGACACGGAGGCGGAGAAGAAGGGGUACUUUGAGGACCGCCGGCCGGCCAGCAACAUGGACCCCUACGUGGUCACGGCCAAGAUCGCCGACACCACCAUCCUCUGGGACCCCAAGG